AUGAAUCCUGUUAACAUUCACAGCCCCAGCCCGUACCACAACACUGAUACAUUCUCAAACGCAUAUGCUAAUUAUACACGAGCACAGCAUAUUGUGGGUCAUGCUGGUUCAUUUAUCCCCUACGACCCGGAACAAAUUGCGGACAUUAUCUCGGGCAAGCGGACGUUAUGGCGAGAAAGUAGUGUGACAUACUGUAUCAGAGCGGAAAGAGAUCAUCCAUUUAGUAUGAACUACGGAAACAUGUCCAGCUCGCUGAAACUGCUCUUUAGAGGCAUCAAUACUCGGAAGAAUAAUGCUGGUUCUGCAAUAGUGAGAAGAUAUGUUGUUGAGUAUGUGCUUGCCUUGUUACUCUGUUCAUGGAAUAACGGUAUACUCUCUCUGAAUUAUUGCAUUACCGUGGAUUUGAAGAUCAUUGCAGAAGUUCAGACCGUCCAUGGUUAUGCCUGGACUAUCUGCCGCGGAAUCGUGAUCCAUUAUAUUAUCUGA